AUGGUCGACAAAAAGCGUAUCUUGAUCCCAGGUGGUGCAGGUUACAUCGGUAGCCAUGUUGUCUUGUGCUGUCUCUUGACACGUCGUUACAAGGUGACAGUUAUUGAAAACUACAGUAACUCUUUCGGCACUGCAUUGGAACGUGUUGAAAAGAUUGCAUUGGAUGCCUUACCAGCAGAUGCACCUCAAGCAGAUCGUGAUGCAUGCAAGAUUGAUGUCAUUCAAGGUGACAUGCGUGAUCGUGCUACUUUCAAGAAAGCUUUCCAAAAGUAUUCUGGAGCUGAUGCCAUUUACGCUAUCAUCUUGACUGCUGCUUUGAAAUCUGUUGGUGAAUCAAGCUCAAAGCCAAUCGAAUACUACGAAGUCAACACAAGCGGUUUGAUCGGAAUGUUGGCAGAGAUGAAGGAAGCCGGUUGCGGAAGAUUGAUUUACAGUAGUUCAGCAACCGUUUAUGGAACACCAAAGACAAUCCCAAUCCCCGAAUCAUCUCCAAUGCAAGCCGAAAGUGUUUAUGGCCGCACCAAACAAAUCGCUGAAUUGAUUAUCAAGGAUGUCUGUGACGGUCACCCAGACUUCUUCCGUUCGAUCAGCUUGCGUUACUUCAACCCUGCAGGUGCUCAUCCUUCUGGAUUGAUCGGAGAAGACCCACGUGGUAAGCCAGGAAAUUUGCUUCCUUUGUUGGCACAAAUGGCAGUGGGCAAAUACCGCGAACCAGGAUUGAAAGUGUUUGGAAACGAUUACCCAACACCAGAUGGAACAUGCGUUCGUGAUUACAUUCACAUUAUGGAUUUGGCAGGCGGUCACGUUAAUGCAUUGGACGCCGUUGAUGAUGAUAGCAAAUUCCACGAUGUUACCACACCCGGUAAAUUCAAGGCAUACAAUUUGGGCAAAGGUAAAGGAUUGAGCGUGUUGAACAUGAUUGAAGCAAUGAGAAAGGUUAGCGGUUAUGAAUAUCCUUAUGAAAUCGUUGGAAGACGAUUGGGAGACGUUCCUGAUUUGACUGCCGAUCCAUCUUUGGCUGAAAAGGAAUUAGGAUUCAAGGCAAAGUACAGCUUGGACGAUAUGUCACGCGAUACAUGGAACUGGCAAAGCAAGAACCCAAAAGGAUAUGAUACCGAAUAA